AUGUCCUCCGAAGAGGAUCCGGUCACGUUGAAGAAGCAGCGCGCUAUCAUUAAGGGAUCGUGCACGCGUGUUAAGACGUUUGUGGAGAAAAUUGAAUCUGUCACGCCGUCGGUCAGGGCUCAGCUCGCGGAACGCCGAUCCAAACUAGAUCAAUGUUGGUUAGAUUACAAUGCGGUGCAAUGUAAAUUGGAGAUGAUAGACGAUACCGAGAAUGGCGAUCGCGGGGGCUUCGAGGAGGCCUUUUAUAGUCUGUCGGCUAAAAUUCGAGAACUCGUGGAUCCACCGCUUACCACGUCGCGCAUUGACACUACGCCUUUUCCGUCGACGUCGAACGUCUCGGGAAUUCCAGAAGCGGCUACGUACGUGCGACUCCCCAAGCUGAGCCUUCCGACUUUCGGUGGGAAGUACGAUGACUGGUUCCACUUCUUCGACGCAUUCAACUCAAUCAUCCAUUCGAACGCAUCGUUAACUAAAGUUCAGAAAUUGCAAUACUUGCGAUCCUCGAUUACCGGGGACGCGAGCGAUAUUAUCAAUUCAUUGGAAAUAUCGGAUGUCAAUUACGAAGUCGCAUGA